AGAAAUAACGUCUCGACCUCCCAAGGUAGGGGUAAAGUUUGCGUACACAUUACCCUCCCCAGACCCCACUUGUGGGAUUACAUGGGGGUAUGUUGUUAUUGUUGUAUUAUGUGUUUUCCCUGCUUAGGAAUGUUAUCCAAUGUUCAGUUGAUCUUUCCCAAAAUUUGCUAUAUGUUGCAAAAUGGAUUUUGUGAAGAAUUCUAGCUAAAAACUAAGCUAAACUGGCUAGAGCUAAAAGAUGAUUUUUCGUUGAUAAACUCCAAAAUGGUUACGCGAACAGAAUAUAUACUAAAGAACCCUAGCUAGCUAAUGGGUCUAAAAGUAACUGCAACUGGGGUAAAAUGCAUAAUUAAAGAACUAGAGUUAAGGAGUCUGAUUGUAAUAAAGUUAUUAGGUAAGAACACAUUUAUUCCUUCCCAAGAUCAAGUUUCCAACAGCUUGUACUGCACCAUUUGCACCCGGUACAACCACCCCAAGCAUUAGUUCAUCUCUCAUAAUAUAGCUACCAAAUUCAUAUGGCAUCAUUAUACUGAUUAUGGUUUCUCACAUUCAUUCUUGUUGAUUACUUGCUUUCGUUUAGGAGUGCUUAUCGCGUAGGUGUUUACAGCUUUCGUGUUUUGGUAAAUGAAUUUAUUCUUAUAUGAAGUUAAUAGUAGUGCAGUAGAAUCAUCAUCUAUUGAAAUUUAUGCAAACAAAUAAGCACUAGGUGUCUAUUUACAAUUAUUAAUAUGAACCUCAUAAAUAAAUUAGCCUAAAAGUGUUAAUACAAUAGGAAAACGUAAGUUUUGGAUACAUUCAGGGAGACAGGUCUCAGUCGCCCUUAAUUGAAUUGCAUAGAUAGAGUUUUAUGCCCAAGGAUAUGGUGGACCUUAAGGACGAGACUGAUUAUAGUUUCUCACGUUAAUUCUUGCUGAUUACUUGUUUUCGUUUAGGAGUGCUUAUCAUGUAGGUGCUUACAGUUGUUGUUUGGUAAAUGAAUUUAUUCUUAUGAAGUUAAUAGUAGUGCACUAAAAUCAUCAUCUGUUGAGUUUAUGCAAACAAGUAAGAACUGGGUGUCUAUUUACAUUAUAAGUAUCAACCUCAUAAAUAAAUUAGGCUAAAAGUGUUAAACAGUAGAAAAAAAGAAGUCCUUGAUACAUCUCAGGGGGGUGGUUUCCAUCGCCCUUAAUUGAAUUGCAUAGAUAGAGUUUAAUGCCCAAGGAUAUGGUGGACCUUUAGGAUGAGACUCUGUCAUGGAACCCACUUGCUCCUUGGUUUGAGGUGGGCUGGAACAUGUUACAAAAUGAAAUCAAGGAGAGAUGGGAGAUUCGGAGAAGAAAAUCAUAGAAAACUCGAGAGAGAAGAGAGAGGAUAUUCUUGAAACGAAACUGAUGAAAUACAACUGUGUAAUGCUCGAUCUAAUAAUGUCUAGCUUUGGUCCUUUUUAUAUUUAUACCAAUAACAAAAUAAAAUAAAAUAGAAAUAGAUUGAGUCGGGUAGACACAACUUCAUGUUGGGUCAUAAGGCCUGCAUUAGGCUGAACAAGUUAGGUCCAAAUCUGCAUUCUCUAGUCGAACACCCUCCCACGAGUUGGAAUGGGUCACCAUGCCAAGCUUGGAAAAGAAAGUGCGGUGCUGAACAAUAAGAAGAGCCUUUGUAAGAAUAUCAACAGUCUGACACUAGAAACAGAAUGUAAGUCAGCCCAAAUUGCAACACAUCACACACAAAAUGACAUGACAACCCACCUCGAUAUGUUUGUUAUAAGCAUGAAACACGGUUAUUUUAGCAAUAUGAAUUGUAGAUUUGUUAACACAAAACACUGAAACUAGAGUGAUGAAGUCAAAACCAGAUUCAACAAGAAGACCACCCAAAUAGUAUUAGCAACCAGCUGCCUCAAGGCUCUAUAUUCAGUCUCAGUUGAACACAGUGUUUAGGAUAGCGUGGCGACAAGGGCUCGCCUCAUGCCUCAUGCCUCGUGGCGUGGCGUGGUGAGGCGAACGCCUUUUGGAAGCGAGGCGAGAAUUAACACAAAAAAUUAAAAUAUUAAAUUGCAUAUAUGAAUACCCAAAAACUCAAAUACUCAACAAAAUACUAGCAAAUAUUUCAAUUGUUACACAAUAAAAGGCAAAAAGUCACACAAAAAUAAAAAAUAAAAUAAAAAACCCUGCCGGAAUUGGGUCACCGGCUGGCUGCCGGAAAGUCAGAAUCUGCCUGAAAAAGGCUAUUCUGCUGCCGGAAAAAGCCAGGCACGCCUGAAAGAAAAAAGAAAUAAAAGAAAGAAGGAAAAAGAAGAAGAAGAAGAAGAAGGAAAAAGAAGAAGAAACUUACCUGAAACUGCUGCUGAUGGAAGAAGAAGAAGAAACUUACCUGAAACUGCUGCUGAUGGAAGAAGAAGAAGAAGAAACUUUAAUGGUGGAAUAUUUCUGACCAAAGGAGAUGCAGCAGCUGCUAUGGAAAAAACAUAUAAAUGAAACCCUAGGAGAAAGUUCAUUAGUCCGUGAAGCAGAGAGUAACCCUCCUCACAAAGUUGACGAGAAUUUAUGGAAGAACCGGGAACAGAUUGAAGAAAUGCUUUUCCUAUUGGAAAGCUCCAAUUGUCCACCAGGGCUUCAAUUGCAGUCAACCGCUGAAGAUGCUGAACUUGUUUCUGUUCUUGCACGGCUAGGAGAAAAAUUUCGAAGUACAUUGAAGAUUUUGGAGGAUUUCCAAUCAAAAAAUUCUGAGUUUGUAUUCAACACUGUGAUGACCUACAUGCCACAAGACUUCCGUGGUACACUAAUAAGGCAACAGAGGGAGCGUUCGGAGAGAAAUAAGCAGGCUGAAGUUGAUGCUCUAAUCAAUUCUGGUGGAAGUAUUCGUGAUCGAUAUGCUCUGCUAUGGCAUCAACAAAUGGAACGGAGACGGCAACUGGCUCAAUUGGGUUCUGCGACAGGUGUCUAUAAGACACUGGUGAAGUAUUUAGUUGGAGUGCCACAGGUUCUGUUGGAUUUUGUUCAGAAAAUAAAUGAUGAUGAUGGGCCAAUGGAAGAGCAGCGACAACGUUAUGGUCCACCUUUGUACAGCCUCACAAAAAUGGUGCUCAACAUUCGACUCUUUCUUUCUCUGCUAUGGCGACGCUUUGAAGCUGGAAAACUAUCAAGGAAUCAAAUUACGGUCUUGGAAGAAGCAGUAGAUGUCUACACGUCUGAGUUCCAAAGAUUCAUCAAAUUCAUUCGUGACGUAUUUGCAAAUUCUCCUUUCUUUAUUACUGCAGAAGAAGCUGGUGCAUUAGAAGCCAGAAAAAGUGACGAAUACAAGGAAGUGAGUGUUCCAGCAGGAAAAACUCAUGAGGUUGCGUUGACAGUCGAUGCCAUAAAUUCAUACAUUGCGUGGGAUUUCUCUUUGAUCCAAGGCAGAGUAGAUAUGGACAUUGGCUUUAGCAUGGAGUAUACGAAUCCUUCCGGACAGAAGACGCAAAUCUUACCUUAUCGACGAUAUGGAGCUGACCAAGGAAACUUCUGUACCAUCCUGUCUGGAAACUACAAACUCGUAUGGGAUAAUUCGUAUUCUACAUUUUUCAAGAAGGUCUUGCGAUACAAGGUGGACUGUAUACCUCCAGUUGUAGAACCAGAGGUUUCAUCUAAUCAAGUAGAUGAGUGAACGUAUUCGUUCAGAUUUGUUACUGCUGCUAAUUGUUUAUGAAAAUAUAUUGUUUCAUUUGUUUGUAUACAUGGCCUUUUUUUUGUUUGCACUGUUUGAACUGUAAAAAUCCAUCCUGUGCCGCUUAGUCCCAACCUCAUGCUGUAACCACCCGUUGUAUUGAUUAGUACCCAGAUCAUGAUAAAGUUUCAGCAUUAUUGACUUCCA